AUGGGACCCGACCCUGGCCCGAAGGCGGAGUUGAGGGCCGUGGUGGCGGAGCGCGAGCCCCUCGUCGCCCCCGAGCGCCUGCUCUGGGAGCCGCGCGCCGAGGUGGCGGAGGCCCUGUCCCCGCAGAGGAAGUUCGAGAAGCUCCGGGGGCCGGGCGGCGGGUCGCCGCUGCAGCUGGACCUGUCGCCGCAGCAGCCGUUGCGGCUGGUCGAGGCGCCGUUGGCCCCCGCGGACGAGACCGCGCCAUCCCGGGGCCGCGAGGAGACCUUCUUCCGCGGCUGGCCGGGGAGCACCGCCCUGGACUCCCCGCCGUGGCAGACGGUCUCGGCCCUGCGCGAGGGGGGCGGGCUGUGGCGCGGGGCGUCCGCCGCGGGCUCGGCUCGGGACGCCUCGCCCCUGGGGGCGCUGCUGGCCAUCGAGGACGCCGCGCCCAGGUGGCCCGGGGAGCGCGCCGACGGGUAUGGCCCGCUGUGCGAGGGCUGGGCAGAGGGGCGGGCCCGCGGCCACGCCAGGAAGAGCUGGGACUUCACGUCGGGCCUCGCGUGCUUCGGCUCUGGCGGCUGA